AUGAGGGAGGAAGACAAGGACGAUGAUGUCCCGGAGGAUGAUGAUCCGAGAUGCCCUACGAUUCCUUUUACGUCAAGGGAGAAGCAGGGUUAUAGGCGCAAAUGGCGUUCAGCUCUGAUUGUUAAAGUCCUGGGGAGGACCUUCCCCUUCCCUGUGAUCUCUAAACGUUUACAGGCUCUAUGGGCCAAGACAGGUGUGCUUCAAAUCUCGAGUAUGUCGUAUGGCUACUAUGUGGUGCGCUUUACCAACCAGAUGGAUUAUGAGCUAGCGGCCAUGGGUGGUCCAUGGCGGAUCGGAGAGCAUUACAUCACAGUUCGACAAUGGAGGAAGGAUUUCAACCCCAAAUUUGCGGAAGUGGCUUCCACUUUGGUUUGGGCACGUUUUCCCGACCUACCUAUCGAGUUUGUUAAUCAUGAAGCAGUGGAGCGCAUUGCUUCUCGUAUUGGCCGUCCGGUGAGAGUGGAUCGCGCCACUAUGACAGGUGAUCGGGUGAAGUAUGGUCGGGUUUGCGUGGAGGUGGACCUCACGAAACCGUUGUUGUCCCAGUUUAAGAUAGAAGGCCGGACUUACUACAUCACCUUCGAGGGCUUGCAUAAUAUUUGCACCGAGUGUGGGAAAUAUGGCCACUCGGUCAAAGCGUGCCCCACGUUACGCACAGAAGUUCCAGCGACCCCCAGCUCAUCGACACCUGAACCGGAGGCGAUGAAGGGUCCCGAAAAGUUGUACGGGGAGUGGAUGAUGGUUAAGCCUCGUAACAAUAAAACCUCGGUGCACAAGACCAAGGAAGUUCCGGUGAAGGCGAAUAAGGUUACUAGCACUGUUCCUGACAAUGGUGGGUCACGAUUUGCGAUCCUGGGUGAUGAGUCUCCACAGAAGGAGAUGGAGGUGGAAAUGGAAUUGGUCUCGGAGAGUGGUGCUCAGGGAACCACAGGUCAGCAGAACGACCCAGCUGAUGCCUUUCCUGUGCCUACGGGGACGAAGCCAGCAGCAGCUGCCAUGCAACAGGAGGCCGGGGAAGGGCACCGGGCAAUGAAUAUUCCCCCGAUGGUUGAUAAGCAGAGGGCCGAGCUCGUUGAUGUUCCAGUCACCUCCUCAGGAACAAGCGUUAUUUUUCACGCCGAGCAUGUCACGGGCGCGAAAAUGAAGCUUGGCUUGGACCCAGGUAAAGGAGGGACGCAAACCAAGAAGAAUGGCUCUAGUUCUGCAUAG